AUGAAGGCAACUUUGCAAUUCACGAUUAUCGCCUUUCUGGUGCCAUAUGUAUCUUCAGCUGAAUUUUUUGUGGGCUACGAGGCCCAAACAAGAGUUACAGACCAUGCUGCGAUAGACAUUGAUCAACAGAAGAUCGACUUGAUGUUGGCACUUGGUCGUCUCGAGAACGUCAAGAAAAUUUACGAGCAAGGUGGAAACUCCCAAAGUAUUGCUAGAGUCAAUAUUAUUGACUCGAAUAUAGAUGUAAAUACUGUAGCCAUUCCUUCAGGAACUGAGGUGGUUGGAAAGAGUGUCUUGGGUAACCAAGUCUAUGGAACUCUUCUCCUUGGCUUGGGUCCCAACGAUGACGAAGCUUUGAUUCAAUAUCCUCCCAAGACGAUGGAAUCUAAUCGCAACUGUCAAGUUGGAGGUCUAGUUUCGAUGGAUUUGGAAAUGACAGAUGGCUGUUUUGCUGAUUCUGGAGAACUUAGGGUGUUGGAUUCCGACAUACAUUUCGAAUAUUCAUACAAUAGUCAAUUUGACAAUUUCAAUGGACGCACAAUCCAAAGGUUCAGUUUGUUUGCCGAAGAGGAAAUGGCGGCAUGCGGGAAGAACUGUCCGUACAAUGAUUUUGCCAAAUUCGUCAACUACUAUGGUGAAUAUGAUUACGCGGACAAGUGGAUCCAAGCUGCUUUCUUUGAGAAAAGCACUUCCUUUGAUCGCGGAAAUAUUGAUUUUUCGGAAGUUGGAAAGAAAGCCCUGGAGCCUGCCGUGCAAAUCGCCACAAAAUUCAUGAACAUUUGGAUGUAUACCAUUCGGAUGAUGGAAAGUGCCCUAGAUACUUGUGAAGUACCUUGCAAUGAUGAUGGAUGUAAAUAUGAUGCGGUUCAUAAUUGGGACCAGGCCGUCGCAUUUCACGCCGGUAGUCUCCAAGAUGAGGGAAUCCUCUUGUACGCAUUCGCAGAUGUCAUGUGCCGGACAUUUCGUUCUUGUGGCAUUGAUGGUUCCAUGCGUGUUGGGACCUCCUUCGCAAACAACAAGGCUAUCCAUCAUUUCAAACUAGGUCAAUCGUACAUUCUCCAAAAAGAUUGCAAGAAUGCAAGAAUAUCCAAAGAGGAGAUUGUCAAAGCCAUGACGAUUCCACUUAUCCAGGCAACUCUAUUCACUGCAUAUGCUGAAGGAAGAGACAGCGGUAAAUUGAGCAGCGGAGAUCAGGCAACCAAGAAAGUCCGCGCUGCUUCUUUCGCUGCAUCUGUUCUUCCGAUCGUUCAUCAUUGUAGUGAAGGUGAUGCGAGCAUCAUUUACGAAAAUCUUGGUAUCGAGAAUGGUGAUGAUGUUCACAAGGAGAUUGACUUUCCUGCUGUCAAGGAAGCCUUUGAAAGAAACUACCAGUGCAUGGGGGUCACUUGCAAAGGAGUUGGCGGUAUCUGGGAGGAUGGAGCGUACGCAAAACAUGCAGCUCCCUGCCAAUAUGAACCUGUAGAUGAAACUGCACGAUCAGGAAUCUUGUUUGGGCACUUCUUGGCGAUACUUUUGAUGCCUCUUGCCAUUCUAGGUUCGGUGGUGGCAAUGCGCGCUAGCAGAAAAAGGCGCACGCUAAAGGCAGCAGAGGAGAACAGACAAACAGUUACUGGUAUUCUAGAUGACAUUGGAUUGGAGGAUGUCCAAUUGGAUGGUGAACAGCAGGAUACUCCUUCAUUGCCAUCUAUCGCUUAA